AACAACAAAAACAAUUUUGAUUUUUAUAUACACAUUGUUAUCAGUAAACAGCAAACAUUAGUGCUCCUAAGAGGACCGGAAAAAUGCACUUUCUAGACAACUUUGAUCCAGUAACAUCUGAGCGUGAACGUCGUAAGCUGAACCGUAAAAACUAUUUUGGAAAUCGUAAAAGUAAAUCAAUAUACAACGAACAUGGUGAAAUAGCGGCCACAGGUAAAGACGUAUGUGAUUGCUUGGACGAAAAGUGCCCUGGAUGCCACUUCCCUUGUCCGAAAUGCAGUUCUUGUAAAUGUGGCCAUGAAUGCAGGGUAAAUCGAAAAUGGAUGUAUGACAGGAUUGAGAUAGAGGGCAAUGAUGCCAUUAUUAAAAAUGAAUACAAACACAAGUAAAUUCCUGAAUAAAAAAUAUUAUUUGUAGUGUUUGGUAAUUGUGAGAAGUUUCGCCAAUGAACAAUGUGGUGUGUGGUCUUAAUUCAUUUUGGUU